AAGGAAGCCCAAGCGGACGCAGAGAAAUCGCCGAGAUAAGAAGGCGUGAUUAGAUAGAUAAAGCACAGGUCUUAGCAGGGCCAGCAGCGCAGCGCCCUCCUCUCCUCGCGUCGCCGCCGCUGAUUGCUAGCUGUGGCUUACUAGCUACCACUACUCAUCGAGGGUUCCGCCUCCGCCGAGCGCGACCCUGCGGCGAAGCCCAAGCACGCACGAGCGGGGAGUGUUGUCCUGCCGCGCGGGCGUAAUUGGGGGAAGGGUUGAAGGGGGCGGGGUGGGGUGAGGCAGCAUGGACGGAUCCGCCGCGGCGGACCUGGAGGCUGCGGAGAGGGUGGUGAUGCGGUGGGACUCCACGGCGUCGGGGUCCUCGGCGGGCGGGGGCGGGGAGGAGCAGAUGCUUUUCGACGGCGGCGGCGACCGGGCGGAGGCGGAGCGGUUCCUCCGGGCGGUGGACGACCUCAGGCGCCUGGCGCCGCCGUCGCCGGCGGCCGUCGGGAGCCCGCGGCGCAGCUCGUCGGCGGGGGGAGGCUCCAGCGCCGUACAUGUCGCGAUGGCGCGGCUCGAGGACGAGUUCCGCCACGUGCUGUCGGCUCGCGCGCUCGACCUCGAGAUGGAGGCGCUUGCCGGCCUCAGCUCGCUCUCCAUCUCCAGCGACCGGAGGAACUCUGACGUCACCGAUGCAGGGGACGACGACGAAUCCGUGUCGUCCUCGGUCGGCAGACGCAGCAGCUACCGCUCCCUGCGGAGCAUCCGCGAGAUCGACCUCUUCCCCGCGGACGCCAUCACUGACCUCCACGCUAUCGCCUCCCGCAUGGCCGCCGCCGGGUACGGCCGCGAGUGCGUCCAGGUCUACGCCUCCGUCCGCAAGCCGGCCGUCGACUCCGCCCUCCGCCGCCUCGGCGUCGAGAAGCUAAGCAUCGGCGACGUCCAGCGGCUCGAGUGGGACGCCCUCGAAACGAAGAUCCGCCGCUGGAUUAGUGCAGCCCGCGCCGCCGUCCGCGGCGUCUUCGCCAGCGAGCGCCGCCUCUGCUUCCUCAUCUUCCACGACCCCCCGCUAUCCAGUUCCACCACCACCACCACCCCGGCUGUCACCACGCACGACUCGCCCUUCGCCGAGGCCGUCAAGGGCGCGGCGUUGCAGCUCUUCGGCUUCGCUGAGGCCAUCAGCAUCGGGCGCCGCUCCCCCGAGAAGCUGUUCAAGAUGAUUGACCUGCACGACGCGGUCGCUGAUCUGUUGCCUGACAUCUCCGACAUCUUCGUCGCCUCCAAAGCCGCGGAGUCGAUAUACGUGCAGGCUGCCGAGAUCAGGUCGCGUCUGGCCGACGCCGUGCGUGGGAUACUCUCUGAGUUUGAGAACGCCGUGCUCCGCGACCCGUCCAAGACUCCGGUGCCCGGUGGCACCAUCCACCCGCUCACUCGCUAUGUUAUGAAUUACAGCAGCCUCAUUUCUGAUUACAAGGCCACGCUUUCUGAGCUGAUUGUUUCACGGCCAUCAGCUAGCUCCCGGAUUGCCGCUGAGGGCAAUGAGGCCACACCGGCCUUCCCUGAUCUUGACCUUCCCAAUCCUGACAGCCAGUUGCCCCUUGCCUCUCAUCUUGUCUGGAUUAUUGUUGUUCUUGAACACAAUCUUGAGAGCAAGGCGUCACUCUACAAGGAUGUCGCACUCUCUCAUUUGUUCUUCAUGAACAAUGUGCACUAUAUCGUGCACAAGGUAAGGGAUUCAUCAGAGCUCAGGGGUCUAAUUGGGGAUGAAUAUUUGAAGCGACUCACAGGCAAGUUCCGGCAGGCAGCCACAAGCUACCAGCGAACUGCAUGGUUGAAAAUCCUAAAUUGUCUGAGAGAUGAGGGCCUUCAUGUUAGCGGUGGCUUUUCAUCAGGGAUAUGCAAAUCAGCACUCCGGGAGCGAUUCAAAGCUUUCAAUGCUGCAUUUGAGGAGGCACAUAGGGUGCAGUCGGGGUGGUAUGUACCAGACACACAGCUGAGAGAAGAGCUUAGGAUCUCAAUAUCGGAGAAGCUGCUCCCAGCUUAUCGGUCCUUCCUUGGCAGAUUCCGUCAUCACAUAGAAAAUGGGAGGCACCCGGAGUUAUACAUCAAGUACUCAGUUGAGGAUCUUGAGAUAGUCAUGGCAGAUUUUUUUGAGGGAGCAUCACCAUCGCCACAUAACAGGAGGAGGUCCCAUGGAUGAAAGAUGGCUUGAAAAAGCUUACAAGAGUUAUCUGCUGCCUCAUGAGUGUUCUUGCCAUGUAUUCUUUAAUUCUUUGGGGAAGGCCAAUGCAGGUGGUUGAGUCUUUUGUUUUGUUCCCCUGAGGCUCAGGGGUAUGGUUGGUGAUGAUUUCUUCGACUAGAGGUAAUCUGAAACAGGAUCAGGAUCUUAGUGAAGCUGUCAAAAGCCCCAGUUCUUUAUCCUCUAUGAUGCAUCUAGAAAUUGUGUUAUCCAACUAAGCGAACACGAGACUGCGGUUCCUCCCAGUUAGGAUGAUUGACUUGAGAAAGCGUUCCGCCGGUGAGCUAGCGUCAGGUCGGUUGCUGAUCUUCCUUCAGGCAUGAUCGAUCCGACAACAGACGGCAUGGCGAGAGCAAGCAUGCGAGCCGGGCAACGGAGCAAGCCGAAAAGGCCGCCCUGAGAGAGCCGAGAUCCAUAUACGUCGUUCUCGUCCGUGCCUGGGCACUGUGGGUGCCAGUGUGCCCGGAGGAAAAAACAGACAGCGACGAGGCGUCCGUUUCUACCAGCCGCGCCCGUGAGCGGAACCGUGCCGUGCGGCUCGUGAACCGUGCCAGGCGAAGCGGGGGCUCGCGUUUCGCCGGUCACUGCUUUGGUCGAGCCCCAGUGGCAAAUGGCUAGUGGUCCGGCGGCUCGGGCCACGGGCGCGGCCGCUGCCGUCCGUCCAACCAGCGGCGCACAGGCAGAGACGAGAUGAGCUCCGUACAGGAAGUAUGCGUUUGUCGGGUGCCGGUUUAGGCCGGCCAUGUGGAUGCUCGACUAAUUUGCUUCGGAAGAAAUCCAUUUUACUUACU